AUUGAUAAGACGUAUUGGUCCUUUGUGCAACAGUCAUAGAUAAUAUCCAUUAUAUAUUAUCUAUGGCAACAGUCCAAAUUUUGAUCGAUUUGAUAACCUGGUUAUUGAUUCGAUAACCAGUAAUUAUUUGUCGUUUGUGGCGUUUGUGCAUAUUUACUGUGGCACAAAAUUUUAUGAUUAAAGUAGCUAUGUAAUAUGGAUGACUUCGCUAGGUAGCCAUUAGCCAUGUGAGUAGACGAGUAGAGUACCUAUGUGACAGCGGAAACGGGAUUGAAUAUUAUUGAAUCCUUCCUAUGUUAACGAUUGUACCAUAAAUUUCACAGACAGCAUCCCAAUAUGAAUCGGAAAUGCAAGAAGAGUAUUAAAUACAACCUUCGCCUAAAGGAAUUGAAACAAAAGUUGAAACCAUACCGAGACAGCCAGACUGUUAACUUACUACGGGUCAUCACCGGGUCAUCAGGUGUAAACUUGGACAACUACUGGGAGAGCUUAGAAAGUGUGUUGACAGGGGAAUACAGCCAUCGUGCUGUAAAAGAUAGAAUCCAAAGUGUGGUGAACAUGAUUCUUCAAAAUGGAGAAUUUGYCAAAUCUAAAGCAAUCCACGCCAAAUCGAGUUCAGAUAAUAUGUUUGGCUUAAAAUUUGAAAAUCUUCAAAUCAACAUGAAAACAAAUAAGUUUGACAAUGUAAGAUGUGCUAACUUCAGAACUAAUAUAUUUGACAAUGUAAGACACACUAACAUCAACUCAAAAGCAAAUGCAUUUGAUAAUGUGAAAAAUGUUAACAUCAAUUCAAAAUACAAUAUCUUUAACAAUGUAAAAAAUGAUGAUAUCAAUUCAAGAGCCAACAUGUUAAGCAAUGAGAGACAUGUUGAAAUCGAUUCAAGCGCCAAUGUAUUUAACAAUGUGAAAAAUGAUAGCAUCGAUUCAAGAGCCAAUGUAUUUAACAAUUUGAAA